CAACGUUCUGAAGAGCGAUACUCACAUUUGGAAACCCGCGUCGCGACGGACAGGCUUGAUCGUCACCAGCGAGAAGAUGAUGGGAUUCACCAGAAAUUACCUCGUGAGCCUGUUCCUCUACAUCUCCAUUGUCAACGAGAUUCGCCAGCCCGCAGUGACAUGCCAGGACGAAGAAGGCAGCCAAUGCAUACCAAAGAAGACCUUCCUGGCGCUGCUGCGUUUACCGGAAGUCAGCUCGAAUCUGGCGGCGUAUUCGAGGAUGGCGAGGAUUAUUCAGGAGACGAAGAACCAUAACGACAUGGCUCACCUGAAGGCUCUCAGCUCCGAGGAGAACGACGACGCCGAGAUCUGCAUACCCGGAGGCGUCUACCUGGAGCUCUUCAGGGACCCGGCGUUACGUGGACAUCUCAGCGUCAUGGCGCGCACGCAUAAGCUGCCCGAAUUUCCCGGGCGUCUUCUGGACGACGGCGAGGAGAUCGAUUCGCGGGACCUGAUUCCCGAAUCGGAGAAACGCAGCCUCGCCACCCUGGCCAAGAACGACGAUCUGCCGGUCACCAUACAGGGGCGCGAGGACAACGGCGAUGACGAGGAGAAGAGGAGCGUCCAUUCUUCUUCUAGCGAUAACAUGGACGAGCUGGUGCGAGUGUUGCUGGAUGAUGAUCGUCGACGAUCUACGUCCGGGAUCUACGACUACCUGGCCGACCUGGAGCCGGAAGUGGCCGAGUAUCCGUUAGACAAACGUAACGUCGGCUCUCUGGCGCGGGACUUCGCAUUACCUACAGGCAGACGUCACGUCGGCUCGGUGGCUCGCGAUUACGGUUUCCCGAGCGGCAAGAGGAACAUCGGCUCCCUGGCUAGACAGAGCAUACUGCCUCUAGGUGGCAAGAGGAACGUCGCUUCCCUGGCGAGAGACUCGAUGCUGCCGCCGACCGGUAAGAGGAACGUCGCCGCGCUGGCCAGGGAUUCCGCUUUGCCCUACGGCAAGCGAUAUCUCGGCUCGCUGGUCCGAAACGGUGGCUACCCGGUCCGCGGCUACGACGAGGGCAAGCGCAACAUCGCCUCGUUGGCGAAAAACGCCGACUGGCCUGGUUUCGCGAAGCGAGGCGGCACCGCGCCAGGCAGAAUGAUCGUCCGGGUGCUCAACCGUCACGGGAGAUCCCUGAGCGACGAUCGCGAGACACACAGCGAGCCCUUGGACCUCCAGCAGCUCAUCAGACAAGGCCACGAGAAUAAUGCCAAGGCGAGUGCCGCAGUCAACUGGCCCUUCAGCGUCUCGGAGGACCUCGACGAGAGCAGGGCGAAGAACAGGUCAAACAGGAGGAUCGACGGCGCGUCCUCGCAAACGAGACACAAACGACAGAUCGACUUUUCCGACGAGUAUCCGCUGCCCGUCGUGCAGAACACCAACAUGCUUGAUUACGAGGACAUGCUCGAGGCACUCGCCAAUUACCCGAACGCGGAGAAAAGGUUCAUGGGUUCCGCGCCGGAGGUGCCGGCCGACUCUGGCUACCCUGAAGUAUUGCAACCGAGUAAGAGACAUAUCGGGGCCCUCGCACGCCUCGGCUGGCUCCCGUCUUUCCGUGCGCCACGAUUCUCUCGGUCGCCGCGAUAUCUGGUCGAAAGGGAGGAUCCCGCAGAUGGGUCCUCGUCCAACUACACCCCCAACGCGUCGGCUCGGUCGCUAAGGGCGAUCUUCACCCCGAAGACCCGCUACCUGCAGUCCCUGCACGGAGAUUGUCGACAUGGCUUCCAGAGGUUCUUGUUACCGGACAUCGAUAACUUUCUGCGGAUAUCCAACUCCCGCGUCGCGUCCCAUUCCAUGUAAAAGCCCACCGCUUCGCCGCUCGUUCCAGAGCGGCCGAUACGCGCCGUACAAAUUCCAUUCGCAUCAGACUCACGCGUUUUACUCAGCGAAACCUAGUAAAGGGGAGUGAGGGGAAACGGGGAUGUAAAUACUCGGAUCUUGAGUCUGACGUUCUUCCUUACUGGCCACUGAUCAUCCCUUGUCAACGGUAGAUACCCUUACAGAAAUGUAACAACUGGGAACGAAAAAGAGCACUGUACAAUUACUAGAGUUCGGUAAUUGAAUUAUUAGAAAUUACUGAUGUACAGUCAUUUUCUCGUAAUUAUUUUGCUUACACUUCUAUAAGGGUAUCUGCGAGUAUAAAUAAAUCUCGAUCAUCAAUGGUUAAAUAACGAUCUCUCAAAUGAUGAUCUAUCAGCGCAUAAUAAUAAUAGUAACAAUAUUUUAAAAAUUGAAAAAAAGAAUUGACCGGUCGAUCGAUCGAAAUCAGGAAACGAUGAGGUGAGGAAGUCCGUUGCGCAGUUCAAUCAGCGACUAGCCCACGGACACAUCUACGAGUAAAGAAUCUCGAUCGUUAAAGAUGAAAUAACGAUCUUUCAAGCGAUGAUCUGUCAGCGAACAAUGACUAUUAAAUGCAAAUUUAAGUAUUUUGAAAAAUUGCCGAAGGAGAAGAAAUUGACCGAUCGAAAUCAGGAAACGAUGGAACGGAAGUGAGGAAGUCCGUCGCGCGUAAUUUAAUCAGCGACUAGUCCACAGACUCAUUGAGAGGAAUUGAUCUUGGUUCGCAAGGUCCGUCGAUGGACAAUAAGCUUACUGCUCGCCGACAAUACAGUUUCACGUAAUCCUAAAAUGUGACGCCUUAAAUGUGCCGUCUAUAUCGAACAGAUUUUAAACCGUUAUACGUGGAAAGCGUACGUCUGAAGAGGAGAUUUCGAUUCGCGGACAGAUUUCUCUCUCGCUCAACAAUAAGAGACAAAAUUCGUUUCCUCCGCAGUUACAAGUUUCUGGAUGUAGGAGGACUUAGUCAACGAUAGCCUCUGAAUUCACGCAUUUCUGUAAACACGCAAAGUUUCUCUUGAUAUUUGUACCCCGACAUUCUCUUCGAUACGAUGUAUAGCGAACGUAUCUGCUGUGACUUUUGUAAUUCGCAUCUUCCGAAGCAAGGCGAGAAAUAUCCUCGAACGACGAAAUAACAAUACAUGUAUAACAACGACCCGGUCGGCUCUCGGUUUGCGAUUUGGCAUUGGUCUCCGAUCAUUAGCGCCACUUAAUAUUCGACUGAUAAAUCGGGCGAUACGCACAUCGAGCAAUACCUCGCGAUUCUUUCGUUUCUCGACGUUCGCGACGAUAUGAACAAACGACGCGGUGGGACGAGAGGCCAGCUCGGCUGCUAAUUUAACGAUAAAUCAUGGCGAGAUCGAAAUAUUUUAUUCCGUCGACGCUGCCCGUUUAAACGAGCGCAAUCGCGAGAGAGGCUGUACGUCGCUUUGAUGAUCGCUAUUUAGCUCGGGCUUCACCGAUAAAUCAUCGCGAGAUCGAAAUAUUUUAUUCGACGCUCUCGGCGGCCGUGGCGAACCGUAAGAUCGUAGGAAAAAGGGGAUAAAAAAUUCACGUGCGUCAAUUCGGCCAACUGUUACUUAGCGAGAGCGUAAAUCGCACGUCGUACGAAGUGUUAAAAGAAAUGCUACUCGCAAAUAGAGUAGCUCGCAAUUGCGCGACUCGAUACGACGAUCGCAUUAGAUAAUCGAGGGAAAAGCUUGUCGUUAUUCCACAGAUAUUUCUCACCAUGCUACGAUGCUUACCCCGUCGUGUGAUUUUAGGUACUUGUCGUGUUAAGAGCCGUAUGCAACGAAUAUAUAUUCAUUACAUUUGUUAUUUGCUUGAAACACAUAUUCGCCUAACAUAUUGGCUAUUACUUCAGCGUCAGAAUGAAGCGACUCUCAAUUCUUUUACAAUUUCGGGGUUUACUUGGAAAAUGAUGAUCAGGGACUUGCGAAAAGUAUUAAUUGCAUGCUUCCCUUUUGUCUUUAGCUCUCUUGUAUAGAACCAGUUCGUAAAACUUACGAUAUAUAUUUGACUCAACAAUUUCCAUUUUUACAAAUGGCGCAUUACUACAUGGAUGGCCCUUUUUAUGAUGAUAUCGAGCUUUCGCGGAAGCUUUCGAAAACAGGAAGCGAGGAAGGUGGCAGGCACUUUUCAUGUAACGAACUGAAACGUAGAGCACCAUUAGGCGGUGCCACCCUUGUCCCACGUCUACGAAUGUUGUCCCGUUUUCGUCGUUUUCGUUGUUCUUCUUUUCAGAAUCCUAUGAUUUCAGAAUCGUUCGCACACAUGCAAAGUCGACGAAGCCAGGAAGUAAUCUCCAUGAGGGUAGUAACAUGUACGGUGUAAAUGCCAGGAUUAUAUGCUCAGAGCUUGCGAGUUCGGUGGCGAUAAUGCGAAUUCGGUUUCAUCCUAGUCUCCAUUGUAUCUCAUUUAAAUAUUGUUAGAAACGUCGUUGUGUAAUAUAUAUGUGGUAUUGCACGUAUACAAUCGAAAUACGCUCGAUGUCGCGGCAUCAUCGGUCUAUCAUUGCUGUGGAUGACAUAUAAGUCUCUGUCGACCUCUCUUUAACUUUACGACUUAAAGUACUAUGUGUUUGUCUAGACAAUAAUGGAUAACCGAAGUGACAAUAAAACGAUAAUAAUAUUGAAGUAAU